AUUCUUACAAGCCACAGUCUCUCUACUUGUAUUUUCUUUCUUCUCCACAAAGCAAAAAAACAAAAAACCAAAACCAGAGAAAAAAAAAUUAUCAAACAGCAACAUAAUUCACAUGGAUUGGGUACGAGGAGAAACAAUUGGUAGAGGAAGCUUUGCAACUGUUAAUUUAGCUAUACCCAAAGGAAAAUCAAAUUCAAAUUCCACUCUUUUUUCUUCUCCGACAGCCGUCAAAACCUCCGAGGUAUCAACUUCGUAUUCACUAAAAAACGAGAAACAAAUUCUUGAUUGUCUAGGUUCACAUCAACGAAUCAUUCGUUGUUUCGGAGAUGAUCAUACAUUUGAGAAUGGUGAAAAGUAUUACAAUUUAUUCCUCGAAUACGCUUCCGCCGGAACACUCGCCGAUCAUGUGAAAUUCCACGGUGGCCGGAUUGAUGACAAAGAUGUUCGCCGUUACACGAGGUCAAUUGUUGAGGGUUUGAGUCAUAUUCAUAGCAAUGGGUUUGUUCAUUGUGAUAUAAAGCUUCAAAACAUUCUUGUUUUCCACGAUGGUGAAAUUAAAAUUGCUGAUUUUGGUCUUGCCAAGAAAACAGGGGAGGAACAGAGUGAAAAACAGAGGUUUGAAUGCAAGGGAACUCCGCUGUGUAUGUCACCAGAAUUAGUGCACGGCGGUGAGAAUGAGUCGCCGGCGGAUAUUUGGGCACUUGGGUGUGCGGUGGUGGAAAUGGUAACAGGAAAACCAGCGUGGAAUUUGGAGAAAGACUCGAAUAUGUGGUCGUUGUUGCUUCGAAUUGGUGCCGGAGAAGAAUCGCCGGUGAUGCCUGAAGAGUUAUCGAAAGAGGGAAAAGAUUUUGUCCAAAAGUGUUUUGUGAAUGAUCCAAGAAAGAGAUGGACGGCUGAGAUGCUUUUGAAUCAUCCUUUUAUUGAAGAAGUGAAGACUGUUAAUGAAUCAUCACCAAGAAAUCACUUUGAUUUCAAUGAUUGGGUUUCUAAUGUUAGUGAUUCGGUUCCGAAUUCACCGGAAUCUGAAGAGUUUUGUCAAUGGGAUGUUGAUUCUAGUUUUUGUUCGGCAGUGGAUCGGCUCCGGCGGCUUGCGACAGUUGAAGGGCCGGUGAAUUGGUCGGAAUCAAAUAGUUGGAUUAGUGUUAGGUGAAAUUGGAAGUAGAAGGUGAUGGAUCAUGGUGAUUAAUUUUGAUUAUUCAAAUUCGUUUGUUCUAAUUCUAACUUUUAGAAUGUAAAUUGGGUAGAAUAUGAUCAGAUUCUUGAUUUGGGAUCUUAUUAGUUGAUGGAAGAGUUUUAACUGGCAACGAUUUUGUACAUGGAGGCUGAUUUUAUAAUACAAUACUAUAUUUUUUGCCCUUAUUCAA